UUUUUUUUUUCUUCUUAAUUCUAUAAUUAAUCAUGGGUGUUCCAGCAUUCUUUAGAUGGUUAUCAGAUAAAUUUCCAAAAGUGGUUACUCCUGUAGUUGAAGAACAUCCAAAGACAGUUAAUGGCACAACUAUACCUAUCGACACAACAAAACCAAAUCCUAAUGGGGAAGAAUUCGAUAAUUUGUAUUUGGAUAUGAAUGGUAUUAUUCACCCAUGCUGUCAUCCAGAGAAUAAACCUGCUCCUGCAACAGAAGAUGAUAUGAUGAUUGCUAUAUUUGAUUACUUGGAUAGAAUUGUAGACAUGAUUCGUCCUCGAAAACUUCUCUACAUGGCUAUCGAUGGUGUUGCUCCUCGUGCUAAAAUGAAUCAACAACGUUCUAGACGUUUUCGUGCUUCUCAAUUAGCUCAAAUUGAAAAAGAAGCCAGUGAUCGUGUUUAUAAAGAAUUAGAAGUUAUUGGACAAACUCAUCAAUUGCCUGAAAAGAAAGAACAUUUCGAUUCGAAUUGUAUUACUCCAGGUACUCCAUUUAUGGCUCACUUAGCUACUUGUUUACGUUAUCACAUCGCUGCUAAACAAAACUCUGACCCUCUUUGGAAGAAUUUAAAAGUUAUCCUUUCAGAUGCCACUGUUCCUGGUGAGGGUGAGCAUAAAGUAAUGGAGUUUAUUCGUGUCCAAAGAGCUCGUCCUGAUCAUAAUCCUAACACAAAACAUGUUAUGUAUGGUUUAGAUGCAGAUCUAAUCAUGUUGGCCUUAGCCACUCAUGAGCCACAUUUUAAAAUCUUGCGUGAAGAUGUGUUUGAAGAUAAAAAAACAAAAGGAAAUUGUUAUAAAUGUAAACAACCUGGGCAUGCUAUUCAAGAUUGUCCUGUAUCUGAUGAAGCGCUAGCUGAAAUGAAAAAGGCCCAAGCAGCUAAUGCAUCACCUAAACCAUACGUCUUUUUACAUAUAAAUGUAUUAAGAGAAUAUUUAGAACAUGCGCUUAAAUUCAAUAUACCAGGUCUCCCUUGGGAUUUGGAAAGAGCAAUCGAUGAUUGGGUAUUUAUGUGCUUUUUUAUUGGUAACGAUUUCUUACCCCAUCUGCCGUCUUUAGAAAUCAGGGAGGGUGCGGUCAGUACAUUAAGUUUAUUAUGGAAAAAUGUGAUACCUAUGAUGGGUGGUUAUAUGACGAAUAAUGGUGAAGUUGAUUUGAAACGUGUGCAAAUACUUGUUACAGAAUUAGGUAAAAUGGAAGAUACAAUCUUUGCUGAAAGAAAGCAAACCGAAGAACGACGAGCUAGAGGUGCUAAACGUAGAAAACUUGAAAAUGAUCGACGUACUCAAGAAGCAAAGAAGUAUAAUGCCAGUGUUCCUAAUUUUGGAGAUUUGACUGCUGCACCUGUGAAUAAUCCUAAUGCUGCUAUGUCUAAUGCAGAUGUUAUUGCCAAUAGAGCUGAAAUUCGUCUUGCUAAUAUUAAUGCUGCUGCUGCAUUAAAAGCAGAAUUAUUAGGAGUUCCUCCCCCUGUCGCAACCUCUUCUUCAAAUGAAGACCAGAAGGGUACUAAAAGAAAAUUAGAGGACGAAGAAGAAGAAGCAGUAGUAAAUGAUGAUAUGGGGAAUAAUGAAGAGGAAGAAGCUAAUGAUGAUGAUGAUGAUGAUGAUGAUGAUAUGGAUGACGAUGAGGAGGAUAAUGAACAAACGAGCUCUAUCUUAGAUGCAGAGGCUCAAGGAAAAGCUAUAUUAAAACGUAUUGCUGAUGAAAAGAAAGAAAAAGAAGAAGCUGCUCGUCAACGUGAGCCUGAAGAUGAAGUUCGUUUAUGGGAAACGGGUUGGAAAGAAAGAUAUUAUAAAACUAAAUUCAACCUUACCUUAACUGACAGAGAUGAAAUUAGACAUAUUGUGCAAUCAUACUGCGAAGGUCUUGUAUGGGUAUUUAAAUAUUAUUAUCUGGGUUGUGUAUCUUGGUCAUGGUAUUAUCCCUAUCAUUAUGCACCUAUGGCUUCAGAUUUCGUUAAUAUUGACACAUUUGAUAUUAAAUUCCAACUUGACGCACCACUAAAUCCAUUUGAGCAAUUAAUGGGUGUUUUGCCCCCUGCAAGUAAAGCACAUAUUCCUAAACCUUUUCAUCAUCUAAUGACUGAUCCAGACUCACCCAUUAUCAGCUUUUAUCCUACAGAAUUUGAAGUAGAUAUGGACGGCAAAAAAUGGGAAUGGCAAGGUGUAGUUAAGUUACCAUUUAUUAAUACCAAACAAUUAUUAGAAGCAAUGAAUACUGUCUAUGAUCAACUUAAUGAUGAAGAAAAGCAACGUAACAGUGUAGGACCCUCUAUUCUGUAUGUCAGUGAAACACAUAAGGCUUAUAAUGCCAUUAGUACAGUUUAUACAAAACGUGCAAAUAAUGAAAGGAUGAUUUUGGAUGUUCGUCUCACAGAUGGUCUAGCAGGUGAAGUUUCUAGAGACAUUGAAUGCAUUCCCCGCAGUACAUUACGUACACCACUACCUGAUUUUAAUUUACCAGAUAUUGCUAAUGAUAAAUCCAUCAGUGUUAUUUAUUCACUACCUCAAUUCCCAGAAGGGUUCAAGUUUUCAACUCAAUUACUCAAAGGAGUUCGUAUCAACCCCACUUUAAACUAUGAAGACUUACAAUGGGCUACAUUUGAAAAGAUUGAUACACGCCAACGUUAUCAGAAUAACCGUGGUUAUACUCCACAAAUCAAUCAUUUAGAGGAAUAUCGUGAAUAUAAUAAUCAGCGUACGAUGAAUCGACGUCGUAAUAAUUAUCAACAACAGGGCUAUAACUCUGGAUAUAAUCAUGAUGGAUCAAGAUAUCCUUCUUCUUAUGGUAAUAAUGGUUAUGGCUAUGAUUAUGGCAAUGGAGGAGGUUAUGGCGGUGGAGGCUAUAAUAACGGAGGCUAUGGCGGUGGAAGUUAUAAUGGAAGACAACGAUCUAACUAUCAUCAACAAGGCUACAAUGAUGGUUAUUAUGGAUACGAUCAAUCACAGGGAAAUCGUCACCAUCAUCAAUCAAAUUAUUAUCAAGGUGGCGGAUAUAACAAUAAUAAUAGAGGUCGUAGUGGUGGAUAUCAACAAGGCGGCGGAUAUGGUGGAAAUAAUCGAAAUUAUGGACAUUAUGGUGGUGGAGGAGGAUACUAUUAACUAUAUACAUGUUUUAAAUAAAAAUUAUUUGAAUGUAUAAUAUUAUUUAUUCGAUUCUAUAUUAUAACAUUUACAGUAAGAAAAUAGACGUAAU